UCAAUUUCCAGCUUCUCUCUAUGCAUGGCUCCCACUCUGAGUAAUAUAUUUCAUGUUCCUUAUAAUGUAUCAAGGAAGCGUCAUUAAUUGGAACCAUUCUCUUGCAUGAGAAAAAGAGCUUAAUUACAGAACACAAAUUGCGUCCUCAAAUGGGUCUGAUCAUUCUUCUCAAGAAAUCCAGUCUCCUCUUCCUCAUUUUGGCAUCAGUACUCUUAUCAACUUGUCUCGCAGUCCGACUGUCCAUGCCCGUCAUCAGUGAGUUGGCUAAAGAAGCGGAUGCACUACUUAAUGAGGGAAUACCACAAGAAGAUCUGGACAUAAUUUCUGUCCAUGAAAGGCUUCUUAGGGCCAACACCAAAGACUAUGGAAAAUACGAUCCAGCACCAGCUCUUGUUAAGCCUCCUUUCAAACUCAUACCCAACUGAUGUUUUGGUCAUUAAGAUUGGCAGUCAUGUGCAGGAGUGACAAUAGUAUCUAAAUAAAUGAAGUACUAGAUCAUGAUCCAGUAUAUUA